AUGUCUUCAUCUCAAUUGACAACAUUACGUUUAGAUCAACAAUUAUCAAGCAUCGGAAAGAAAGAUACAAUUACUAUUAAAGAAAAUGCUAUAAAGAAAUUACAAAAACGUUAUUUGUUAUUUCUUACUGAAAUGAAUCAAAUGUUCAUCGAAGAAAAUCCAGAAACUAAAGUUGGUUUAUCUAGUUUUCAAGAUUUAAGACCACGGAAAGUUUUAUAUAAAUCAUCAACUUUACAUCAUGUUUAUGUUUGUUCAUAUCAUGAGAAUAUUGUUCUCCUUUUAAAAUCAUUCAAUGAACAUGUACAUAGAUUAAAAUCAAUCGAUUGGAAUUCUUUUAUAAAAUUAAUCGUAUGUGAUGACACAAAUGAAUAA